GAACUUUUUAGGCUGCCCGCAGUCCCGGGGCCGCGCACCUGCAGGCGGGGGCCGAGGGGGGCGCCGCCGCGCGACUCCCCGCUCCUGCCGCGUCCCCCACCCUCACCGCACCCGCACCCCCCGCCCUGUCAUUACCCCCCCCCCACCCCCAGGGCUCGGCCGCCCGCCGCUUUGUUCCGGGCGCGCGGAGGGGAUGCCCGAGGUGUAGGCGCCCGGCGGAGGUAUGGCUGCGGGAAGGUUGCUGCUCUACACCGGCCUCUCGCUAGCGCUCUGCGCCCUGGGCAUGCUGGCCGUGGCCAUCUGCUCGGACCACUGGUACGAGACGGACGCCAGGAAGCACAGGGACAGGUGCAAGGCCUUUAACACGCGUCGGGUGGACCCCGGCUUCAUCUACAACAACAACAACAACUUGCCGUUGCGCGCCAGCCGCUCGCGCCUGGAUCGCUGGGAGGGCAAACUCCUGCGGGCCCGCAACCGCCGGCAGCUCUUUGCCAUGAGCCCGGCCGACGAGUGCAGCCGCCAGUACAACUCCACCAACAUGGGCCUCUGGAGGAAGUGCCACCGGCAGGGCUUCGACCAGGACAUCGCCGCGCUCAUUCGCAAAGGAGAAAUCGAGCGAUGCACGUACAUCAAGUACCACUACUCCUCAGCCACCAUCCCCAGGAACCUCACGUUCAACAUCACGAAGACCAUCCGCCAGGACGAGUGGCACGCACUGCACCUGCGCAGGAUGACGGCGGGCUUCAUGGGCAUGGCCGUGGCCAUCAUCCUCUUCGGCUGGCUCAUCGGCGUGCUGGGCUGCUGCUGGGACCGAGGCCUUAUGCAGUAUGUGGCGGGGCUGCUCUUCCUCAUGGGAGGGACCUUCUGCAUCAUUUCACUGUGCACCUGUGUGGCCGGGAUCAACUUUGAGCUGUCGCGAUACCCACGCUACCUGUAUGGACUCCCGGAUGACAUCAGCCACGGCUACGGAUGGUCCAUGUUCUGUGCGUGGGGGGGCCUGGGCCUCACCCUCAUCUCGGGGUUCUUCUGUACCUUGGCCCCUUCUGUCCAACCUGUCCCGAGGACCAACUGCCCUAAAUCCAGACCCGAGAACGGGACAGUGUGCUAAAAUCCAAUCCCUCCAGACACCUCCCCCCCAUAUAUAUAUAUAUAAAUAUAUAUAUAAUAUACAUAUAUAAAACUGAACCCAGUCAAGGCAAUGCCAGUGCCAAGGUGGAGAGGAGUUGGCUCGGGCCUCUCCGGGGACACUGUGGCCUCCUCUCCAAGGCGGGGCAGGGGUGCCCGUCAUGUGGCUCAUCCGUCAGUUCUUAACUGUUGACUCCCUCUGUGUCCUGAAGACUGAGUGAACGCUACCACUCUCCGUGGCCUCUUCACCCCUGUCUUCCACCAGGAUGGAGUGGUGGGCUGGAAAGGGACAGUGCCCGGAGCCGGUGGUUGCCAGCGGCCCAGAUGGAGAGCAGGAAGGGCCAUCAACGGGGUCCCCAGGAGAGGAUGCUCCAAGCUCCUAGCCCCUGCCCCCGAUCCUCUCCCAAAGAGACGAAGUGCUGAGGUCUUAGGCUGUCACCCCACCCUGGCAGGUAUCAGCAGAGCCACCACUCCUCUUGCUCUUCCUGUCCUCCUGUCCUUCCUCCGGGUCCAUGGGCAACCCCCCAAGAUGCGGAAGGGGGAGUGAAUGGAGGCAUAUGCAUCCUCUUGGCCAACCACCAACCGGGAUCCUGCUGGAGUGGCGGGAAACGGGGGCGAGGACCCAUGCUAAGACAUGAGACCCGCGUCGCCGCCGGGACAUGCACGAAGCAGGAGCUCGGAGCGCCCAGUCUGACCUUCCAGCUGCCUUACACCCCGCAAAAGAGGAGGCCGCCUGCCCCACUGCACCCCCUCCCGCACCCCAGCCAUCCGUCCUUCCACUGGAGCCUCAGAGUGACGCUAUGUCAUGUGUGUGAGUGUGAGUGUGUGGGGUGUGUGUGUGUGUGAAAGAGUGAGUGAGAGAGAGAGAGAGAGAGAGAGAGAAAGAGAGAGAGAGAGACACGACUUGGGGUGGUUCCCUUAAUUUUCUUUCCUUUCACUCUCUGAAUGGAAAUACAGCGCCGUGAGUGUUGUUGACGAGCUUUUGGGUCCGUGCCCAGGACGGGAGGCCCGUGAGGAGUAAGAAGGGGCAGCCCGAGUCAGGAGCCGGAGCCUGCAGCUGCCACCCGGGAGUGCGUGCGCAUGGUGGAUGGUUCCAGAAGGUGGGGUUUGGCGGGUGCAUUUUUACCCUCUUGUUUUUAGUCCUGCUGGCAUUCCCCAGGGCAAAAACGGACAACAAGACCGUGGCAGGGGGCUGGAGGACCCCACGUUCUUCACCUCGCUGCUCCAUCUGGAACCCCAGCCGGGGUGAGAGUCUCUCCGAGGGGAAGCUGGAGAGCCCACGGGCAUCACAAUCCUGAGCGUGGAGGGGGAGCCCCCUCCAGCGACACCCGCCACUCGCCAUGGUUGGAAGCUGUCCUUCGUCCCUGGACACUGACCCCUUUCCUGGAGGCCACCUCUGUACAGAUGAAAGAAAACGGGCCCCGUGCCUGUGGCGUCAGACACUGUGUGCUCACGGACAGCUCCUGACUCUUCCCACCCUCCUCCUUCGCCUCUUGGUAUUUCAGGCCCCGAGUCCCCGUACAGCUGUCUCUGUGGUUCUCACCCAGACACGGGGGGUCUGUCCAGCCUGGUGUCUCAGCACCACUGGAGCAAAUGGGCCCUUGCAGGUCAGCCAGAGUCGCCAACGCUCUGCUGGGGCAAGCCGGUAGGAGCCGCUGACCCCCACCUGGGCCAACAGCCUGCAGGGGGCACCCCCCAGCGUGCAGCUGGGGGCAACCACAUGGCUGAGAAGUCAGUGGCUUCAAAAGAAACCUGCUUUGGGGACUUAGCCAACCUCUCAGCAGCUCCCUGUCCCACCCACUCCCGCUGUGUUCCAUCGACCUGUCUCCUCUCCCCACCCCCCCGCCUCACCCCUGCCCUGCUCCUCCUGGCUCCCUCUACCCUGCCUGUCCCUGUGCCCCCAUCUUCUCUCUAGGACUGGGGGUCCCUCACAUCGGAUGUGCAUGAAUGGGUUUGAGUGGGGGUCUCUGGAGGGCCGUAACUCUGGUGCAUUUCAUGUGUUUGUGUCAAUUUGUUCCUGGAUAUGAGUGUGGGAGUUCCCCUUCAGACAUCCUGGCCCGCGGCCCUCAUCAGUUUCUGCCUUUAGUCUCUCGUGGGACAUCCCUGCACAGGGAGAAGCUAACAAGGAGCGAGGCUCUUAGCUUCGCACGCAGGUCCUAGGAUUAUUUUUAAAACUAAGGAUUGUGUGAGAAGGGAAACCACCUUCAGGAAAAUCCAGACUUUCCCUGUUCCCCACCCCCCCCACCCCCUCAGUUGUACAGGGCAUUUUAAAACUUUUUUUUUUCCUUUGAAAGUUGGAUUUGCCCCUGAAGGGAACGAUUGGAGCUGGGCUAGAGGACAUGUGAGCCUUUUCUGAGGUUGAGAGACUCACAUCGUUUUUCUCUCAGCGUCUUGAAUAGCGCGUACCGAGCCAGGACAGCAGGCGUGGCCGGGCCAGGGGGCUUUUCUCAAGCCAGACCCAAGUGGCAGCUGGUUUCCAGUUGCAGGAAAACGGGAAAAGAAAUCCCAAAUGGGAAGCUUGCGCCAGUGGCGCAGGCGCAGUGGGUUAGCACGCGGUACUUACACAGAAUCUCAAGUGGGGCCAUUUGCUGUCACUCACUGCAUCAUCUCUGGGGCCCGGGCCCCCCUACCCGCCCCCAGCCUUCUCCGCGCUGCUCCUCUCAUCGGCCUGUCCUUGUUCUGACUGGGUCAGCCACUCCUUCCAGCUCCAGUUUUCAUGAUAGACCCUUAGCACAGACCCCUGGAUUAGACUCCCGGGAGAGAUAAAGCCCUGGAGUCCAGUCUUCAUCAGCAUAAGGAGAGGGUUGAGCUGCUUUUACAAUAGCGUUGCUCACACUCCCUGAGAUCCCUCAAAGCAUCCAACUGUUCAGCCAGGUUGGAAGCCCGUCACCGAUGGCAGCUCCAGCAUUGGAAUAUCCCAGAAUCAGGCCAACCACUCCAGGCAGUGACCUAAGUACUUGAGCUGUGACAUGGCUGAGGAGGAAGAGAAGCAUAAGAAAAAGGGGGGCUUUGACCUUACAAGACUCUUCAAGGUCAGAUUUUGCUAACUCAGAAUCCCAGUCGAGCCCAACCUUCGGACAGGAUAUGGGCUCAUUGGCCUCCCUCAGACUCCCCCACCAGGUCAAGCCACCUUCUAGGUGGUUGCGUGCAAGAUCUAUGAUGGUGUGUGUGUGUGUGUGUGUGUGUUGAGCUCCAUGAAAGUCCACCUUGAGGCUGGACCCAUUGCAACGUUUAUUUCUCAUCUCCCCUCCGAGACUGGAGAUCACAGGAAGUGAGGUCUCUGCCUGAGAAGAGGCCCAUUUCUUCAUCUCCCCAGUGUGGUUUCUUCAGUUUUGUUUUCCUCUCUCUCCCCACUGACUUCCACUUCUGCAUCCAUGUGGGUCUGUGUUCAAACAGGUCAGGAAUUCAUCGUCCCUAAGGAGACUCGCACUCUCCUGGCAGCCCCCUCCCUUGUUCUUGUGACUGUAAGUCUCCUAAGGGCGUCUGUGACUCUCUGGCAUCAAAAUCGUUUUUAAAAUUUCUUUUGCAAUGUGCCUGAUCUACCUUCAGUUCUCCCACAAGCCCCGUGCUGCCCUUUCAACUUCAGGGAUCACAGAGACUUGACAACUCCAUCAAAUCAAGGCAAAGAAGCCUUCUCCGGCCACGUGUCCACAUGCAGCCUCCUGGGCUGUGGUGCAGUGUGGGGCGGGGUAAUGUGAGUGGUUUCCCAUUAGCAGUGCUCCCCUUCUCUUUUGAUUAGGUGCAGGAGAUAGCUCAAGAUUCUGAGCCCUACGUUGUAAUACUCACCCAUGAUAAUCAUUUAGCAGUCGUAAAUGAACGUUCUAUGGGCAGUUGUCUUGAGUUAGUGAGAGGAUGUAUGGCUUUGAGCUCUGCCCCCAGUCAUACUGAUAAGGAGGAAACCAAGAACACUACCCAGGGGCCUUUGCAGUGACCUGCCUUCACCUGCUUAUUUUGAGAACAUUACUGAACUGAUUUUCAGUGAUGGGGCAGGGGAAUUGGAAGGAAUACACUCUGGUAUGCUUUGUGUGGGAAAACUUGAGUGAUUCUCCUAAAAAUGUGCUCUCUGCUCUGGGGAUGCCACAUAUUGGGGAACGCAACGGAGGAAGCAGGAUGAGUCACAUAGAGAGGUGACUUCAUCACAGAGAGAAAGAGCCAGUGCAUCCCAGCCAGGUGCACAUCUGGACUGCCUUCCAGGGCUUGUGCCCCAGAGAAAGGAAAUUGAUGGUCACACCAGCCCCCCUGAGCUUUUGGAUACAUGAGAUUCAGAUGGCCCUAAGAGAGUCCACUGAGGAGCUACGCUGUCUGGUUUCCAUGGUAGCCAGCAUGGUGCAAAUUAUUUUUUAAGCGUUGUUCAUUCUUAGACUCCACUGGCUUUUUACUUUCCCAGAGGAUUCAGGAUCACCGUGGGAGACUAGAAAAGUAAUGUAGCAAGAAAGGCUGAAUGAUCAUUGCUAAUUCCAUGCCUUGGACAGUAGCAAUCAUGGUACCAUCUCCCCAGCUUCCCUUGUCAGUCAUUGUCUUGGGGGUUGGCUGGUUGGCAGGGCCAGGGAGGGCAGCCCAUGGGCACAGAACCACACUGCUCUGCAUGGAAUUGACCCUGUGUCCAUGGCCCAUGGACCCCAGUGCUCUGAGCAGCCAAUAUAGCAACACAGGCCUCAGAGAAGCUCCGAGUCAGCAGCGCUUAGGGGCAGAGAUGGAACAGAGCUGAAAGAGUCCUCCUCUGGGACUUCUUUUUCCAUUCCCUCCCCCCUUUUUUAAAAAAUGUAAGAUGUCAUUAUAGAGGUAAGAGCACUGAAGCUAGAGUAAGUCCCUAAUUAGGCGACACAUAUAGAAUGCCCUUCCUUACUGGAAAUAUAUUUCAGCUCUGCACUCACAUGGUGGGUGGCUCUGGACACUGCGUCUUCUCCAUACUUGAACUUCCUCAUCCCCAAGAUGAGGAGAGUGAUAACAUUUUUACCUCAUGCUAUAGAAAGGGUGGCAGACAUUGCAAAGGGGUGUGCAGGCCUGAAGCACCACGUGAAUUAUGCUCUACUCAGUCAUCUUUCAGCAGCAGAGACCCACGUGCGUGGGAGUUCUUUGUGGAGACUCAAGCCUUGCUAUUGAAUGGCCAGUCCAGGGUAAGAGGUCAUCAGGGCCGUGGGGCAGACCCUGUGUAACCAACGUAAGCACAGGUGAUCUCACCUCUCAGUCGGCCCAUCAGAGAAGCCACUCCUUAGUUUGCCUGUCCCCAGACCUCCUGCUGGUGUCCAAGAGACACUCUUCAUCCCUCUUGAUCAUUCCCAGAGAUGAAGGAAUCGGGCACAAAGCAUCUCUGAGCUGACAUAGAUCGUUCUUUACCAAGGCACGGGAUCGACGCCUUCACUCUUUAUGUCACCAUCCCCCUAUUGUUGUUUCUAGCCAUUCAGGCCCAAGUGUUAGAGCUGAGCAGAUCAGGAAACACAUCAGUGAUCUUUGACAUUGAAGAGGCAAGCGAGUUUCCUCGAAGGAACUUGGAUCUUCCUUCUCUCGUCAUUUGGAGAAGCGGGUGGCUUGAGCAAAAGCAUGUGGGUUUGCCCUGGGAAGUCCUGUGGAUGGCGCAUUCCCUGAGCCACAUUCUGGGCAUUGUCCUCUUUGGGAAAAAAUUGAAUCCUAGGUUCUAAACUAGAAAAGCAUACACAUCCUUAAAAAAAAAAAUUUAGAAAGGUUCUGCACACCCCGUGCUUGGCAGGGUUCCCGUGUUCCCGUCUACGGUUCCCUCUAGAGAUGGAGCCCAGGCAGCAUGGCAGACUCGCCCACCCAAAGGGCGUUUGGUCGCCAUUGAGAAGCAGAAACGUGAGGAGAAGCCUGGAGCUUGCUCAGCAGCGGAUCCUGCCUGGCACCCGUUGGACAGCACCGUCCACUACGGCCAACUCCUUCUCCUCUUGCCCAGGGACUGGGGCACUGUCCCUCGGGGAACUCUUGAGUCUCUCCACCUUCUCUCGCCUCCCAUUUCUUCUUCCGGUUAAGCCUUUCCCGUCCUCUGCGGGUCCCCCCCAGACCCUUUCUAGCCUGAAUGUAUCAGUGCGUCUGUGUUGUGAGUGUAGCGAUGCCAUCCACAUAUAACAAGCUCUCACCAACUCCCGCUCUCUCUGCCCCCCGCCCCCCGCCCCCACUCUCACCAUGGUGUGACUGUUUUGCUAUUCGAGACUGUCUGUAAAAAUGUACAAAUAAAAGUGGAAACUGAAAAUACAGGGGAGGGAAGGGAGACUGAACACUGGUAUUGAUGCAGCCCUCAGUUUUCUGAGGACUUAUGUGGACGGCCCUGAAAUCCCUCCUUUCGGCGGGGGGAUUCGAGGGGGAGUGAAGCCAUGGAUUGGCACAGGAGUUUUUUUCUGGUUGUUUCUCUGACAGUCACAAAUGUCGGCUUGGAACUCUCUGUUCUAAAGGUUUUCACCUUCAAGGCAAAAAAAAAAAAAAAAAGUAAGAGCAAGUCAUCCCAAGCCUGAAGGGUGAGUCAUCCAAAUUUGGGUCAUCGCAAAGACCUAAGGCUGGGGUCACAUUCCCCGCCUGGUCACCGGCUCACUUGGGGAGUCCUGUUUCCCUCGCCAUAUCUCCUCCAUGUUCUCUCAGCCAAACAGGGAGCAGGGGGCCUUCUGGGGAUGCCUGGUCUCCUUGUCUUUCGUGCUGCUAUUUUUAGGGGACUUUGAGCCCGUGCUGGCUUAGUCAGCUUAGCGCAUGGCGAGGCACUUGGAGAGAAUUUUCUCUCCCACCCAGGGCCCCAUGCUUGCUUUUCUCAGAAAAUAACCUUAAGCUCACGGCCAGUUUGUGCUCAGAGUCCAAAGCCUUCAACCUCCCUUUCCAUUGUCCGAUGCCUUUCCCCACCUGCUUUGAUGAGCAACUUUUACGAUCUUUUCUCUCCUACUGACAGAGCUUUGUUGCACUGGGCUAGAAGGAAGAGUGUUCGCACAGAGGGUGCCUGGGAAGUGCUUUACAAUCUCAGGUGGCUCUGCAAGCCAGGUGGGUGAGGUCAGAAGCAGGGAAUCUGGCUAAAAGAUGCAACCAGGAAUGAAGAAAGUUGGGACGGGCAUGGACAGAGGCAGCGAGCAGCAGUUAAAGUAAGACAGGGCAGGUUUGGGGAAGCAGAUAUGGCAAAAUCGCCAUGCAGGGCAACCUCUGCAUGCCAGAAUAAAAGGAACUUUCGGUUAUGGGGGGCACCCAAAAGGAAGAAGGAAGGAAGAGGAGGAGGGGUGGACGUCUGAUAGCACAAAAGCUAAGAAAACCAGAUGUCCUUCGGGGAAUUCACUCCAAGCUUGACCAGUGACCUAGCCCCACUGCUGCUCCUCAGAGCCUUCAAUCUGAUGCCUCCUCCUCUGAGAAGGCCCCUCCUCUCUAAAUCUCUGGGACCAGCUUCCAAAAGUGAUUUCACCAGUGCCAUCUGGGGAGGAUUUGGUGCCAGCCACUGAAGCCAUCUUAAAUAUCCCAGUCAACCUGUUUUGGAAAGUCCAAAGAAAACAGGUGAUAUUGCUUUUAAACUACAUUUGAACCCCCUCUAUUAAGGUUUCCUGUCUACACGGGAUCCAUAUGAAAACAAACAAAAUGGUUUCUGUUCAUUGGGACAAUAAAAUCUUUAUCAUCCCGUGCCCUGUGAAAUCUGAACUCUCAGAAAGCACAUUUCCAGUGCUCAGUCAUCACACGUGGCUCCCGGCUUCCACCUGGGACAUCAGGGGCUUAGAUCCUAAGAAGAUGGAGCCAGGACAACCCCCCCCCACCUCACCCUCCUGCAGACGGAGGAGGGAGGUUGGUACUGACAAAGGAGAAAGCACAAGUGAGACUGGCUGAGUCAGAGGAAGGGAUUUUGGCUCGUAGUCCCCUGGCCCGCUAUAGGGGACCAACACUGCUUAGGGUCUGUACCGAGUUCAAGGUGCCAAGCCAGGUCACCUCUCCAGCCCUGAUACCCUUUUCCCGUCAAUGGGGAGUGGGCCAGACAGGUCUUUUCUUGGCCCUCAAUAAAGAUCUCACCUGCUCUGAAGAUGUCACCUUCCUUGGGAGUUGUCCCCCCAAUUCCCGAGUCUCCAUCCCUGUGUCCCUUAAAGCCAAAUGCUGAAAGGGGAGGGUGAGGGGGUGAAGAGAUAGAUAGUACGGCAGGUAGGGCACUUGCUUUGCAUGUGACCAACCUGGGUUCGAUCCCUGGCACCCCAUAAGGUCAAGGUCUCCCAAUCCUUGAGUACAGAGCCGGGAGUGAAAAAAGCAAAAAAUAAAUAAAUAAACGCUGAAAGGGGGCACUGGGAAAAGCAGUGGCCACACUCAGACGGGUCUCCAGGGCAGCUGGCAGUGACCCUUCCUGUCCCCAGCAGUGAGACUGGGUCCAUCCUCCACCUGCCUCUCCUCCCUUACCCAUAGACUUGUCACUGAUUUGAAGAAACCUCCUUGGUGCUGGACCAAGACGAGUAGAAAGAUCCUGGGGUGGAGAGGAAAAAGGCAAGUGAUCAGCCCCUGAGCCUUCCCAAAGCCUUUACCAAGAGCCGGUAUGACAAGGUUUGACUCGUUUCAAAUAGAGCAUGCUGAGCCCUCUGUUACCGAGAGAGAGAAAACGAGCUGAUUUGUGUAGGGUUAUUAGACAGGGACCACUGCCGGCAAGACGCUCAGACGCCCGGCGUGUUCAUGGUCCGCCAGAUUAUUGCUCGGUCAAUAUGAAUUUAUUUACCUUUCAUUUGCAUAGUGCUUUCUGAUUGGUUAGUCGAGGAGUGGCGUGUCCUGCAGGAUCCCAACGUGGCCUCUGCCCUCGGAGGUAGCAAUUCCUGUGGUUAUUGGUGCUAAAAAUAAGAUUAAAUAUUCUGUUAACUUGUUCUGAUACGAUGUGAAUAAAUGUGUUGUUUAAUCUUAACAAGAAUGCUACAUCUUAUCAGAUCUAUUGUACUGUCUGUACCUUCUCAUAAUUAAUGAAAUACAGCAAAGGUGAUCCAAACCAGAUCUUGAAACUGUUGUGCUAUUCUGAGAGGUGAAUUUUAGCAGGGAAGCGGGCGGGGGGGAUGAAAAGGGAAAUUGCCGGGUUCCUGUGACUUUGCAAGAACUGAAGAAGCAGAGAGCAUUUGGGGACUUCACAGACACUGACUGCAUCCUGCAAUUUUCUUUUUCAAAUUGACAGAAAUAUUGUAUUUCCAUCGAUUGAAGAAAAAAAAAAGCGUCUGGUUAUUAAAUGACUUGUUCAUGGAAAAAAUAAAAAAUAAAUAAUCUGUCAGUUGUGGAAUGUAAACUGAUUAAACAAUUAAAUAAAGAAGAUCAUGUUGUGUGUUUUAA